AAUAAUCGACCAGCAGUACAUAUCCUAAAGGACUUACAGGUAGAUUCAUCAUCUUCGUCGUAGAUGGGAUGAGAGAGCAUUUAUUUGUGUAUCCAGUCAAAUAAGAUCAGUUCCGCGUCUGACUCUGCCCGAUUAUAAUGGCUCUACGGGUAAUCAUCGUCUUGUUUACGGCAAUAGAUUUUGGCUUAUCCUGUAAUCUCGACGCCAUAAAAAUUUCGACCUACGCAUCAACGUGACGCCUCACCCAACACUGGAAAACCCACGAGAAUUCAAUGUAAAUAAAGACUUGUGAACCAUUCGACAUAGACAAAAGACAUAAAAUUGUGUUCGACCAAUAUCAAGACAAUGAAGAUACUAAGGGCUGUAUAUUUGUCGACGCUUCUCUGUGCAGUGCUGCGAAUAGCAGAGUUUGCAGACGAGGGAGAACAAGCAUACGUUUGGCCAAAGCCAAUUUCUAUUAAAUGGGGGAAACCCUCUGAGUCAAUUCCCCUAUCCCCAAAAUUCCGGAUCAUCAGUCCUCCACACAAAAAUCUCAGAAAUGCGGUCGAACGCUACAGGCGCCUCAUUUUCUCAGAGCGCUGGAUUCCAAUUCAGUCAUCCGCCUAUGAGAUAUUAGGGUCUUCUCCACUGGCGGGCGGUCCUCCAUUGGAAAACCUGAUCGUCCAGGUCCGUGAUCUGCAGGCCGAUUUACAGCAUGGGGUGGACGAGUCCUACACUUUGGCAGUCCUCAGUGGUGGGUCGGCCAAUCUGACGGCCCAGACGCCAUGGGGAGCCAUGCGUGGCCUAGAGACCUUCUCGCAGCUCGUGCGAUAUUCUUCUGGUUCCCCGCUCGUUAUUCAGCGCCCGGUUAUGAUUGUGGACCGCCCGCUCUACCCGCACAGAGGGGUUUUGCUGGACACAGGUCGGAACUUUUUCCCUGUCAGAGACAUUCUACGGACUAUAAGGGCUAUGAGUUUCAAUAAGCUCAAUGUAUUCCACUGGCACAUCACUGAUUCGCAGUCGUUUCCACUGGAGUUAGUGUCCGAGCCGGGCCUGGCCAGGGCAGGAGCCUACUCGCCCGCAAUGCAAUAUUCAGGGGAAGACGUGCGACGAAUUGUUGAAUACGGGCGAGACCAGGGCGUCCGCGUCGUUCCGGAAAUCGACAUCCCAGGUCACUCGGCAUCGUGGGCAGGUGCAUACCCAGACAUUGUGACCUGUGCGGGCAUGUUCUGGUCGGAGCCGGGCACCAACUGGAGCAAUCGCCUAGCCUCCGAGCCAGGCGCCGGGCAGCUAAACCCUCUCGAACCCAAAACGUACCAGGUCGUAAAGAACGUUGUGGACGAAGUAGCGACCCUCUUCCCUGAAAAUUUCUAUCAUGGGGGCGCGGAUGAGGUAGUCCCCGGGUGCUGGAAAACCAACCCAAAGAUCCAAAAAUUUGUGGCGAAUGGAGGUAGCUUCGAUGAAUUACUCGAAAAAUUCGUGUCCACAACCCAUCCAUACAUAACAGCCCUCAAUAACAAGACCGCAGUGUACUGGGAGGACGUCCUGCUGGACGACACAGUUAAGGUGAAACCCCAGAUUUUGCCCAAAGAGACCACCAUUCUUCAGACGUGGAACAACGGCCCCAACAAUAAAAAGCGUAUUACGGCGGCCGGGUACAGGGCCAUCGUUUCGUCCGCGGAUUUCUUCUAUUUGGAUUGUGGGCACGGGGGCUGGGUGGGCAACGAUAGCAGCUACGAUAAGCUCAUCGAAAACCCUAAUGGCGGAUCGUGGUGUGCGCCCUACAAGACGUGGCAACGGAUCUAUGACUAUGAUAUUGUGUAUGGUCUGAGCAAGGAGGAAGCUCAGCUUGUUUUGGGAGGAGAAGUGGCCAUCUGGUCUGAACAGGCGGAUGGGACAGUUUUGGACGGUCGGUUAUGGCCCAGAGCUUCUGCAAUGGCGGAGUCAUUGUGGUCGGGAAAUAGGGAUUCGAGUGGGAAAAAAAGAUAUGCAGAUGCCAUGGGCAGGUUGAACGAGUGGCGAUAUCGAAUGGUGGAAAGGGGAAUCAAUGCAGAGCCACUUCAACCGCUCUGGUGUCUUAGAAAUCCGGGCAUGUGUAAUCUGAACCAGUAAACCAAAGGCUUUGGCGUCGAGGGUAUUCAUUUCUUGUUAUGAUUGGCGCAGAAUGUUUGAGCUUUGAAUAAAAUGCAAUUUAAUCCAUUUUUAA